UGGUUGGAUCAAAUCCAGAAUCUUUGAUUAAAUUGCAAUAAAUCUGUUCUUGGAUAUUUAAUUUUUAUUUUAAUUGUUUAUAAGAUAAUAUAAAAGGAUGACGGUGAAGUGUAAUCAAUUAUAUUAUGUUUAUAUAUAUAAUUAAAAUGAUGUAAACUUAUUUAAUGCCCAUUGUGAUUGCGUAAAUAAAUUAAACUCAUAUAACUAUUGAAGAAACAAAUCUUAGUCUCGGUCUUCAACAUUUUGUAAUAUCAGACAAAAGAUAAUCCUUUCCUGUGGUAGCCUGGUAGGUAGCAAAUCAGUCAACAACCUACUUCAUUUCUCAUUCAAUUCAAUUGUUUAUAUUGUCUAAUAUAUCCUUCCGUGUUCUGAUUCUAAUUCAACUUGCAUACCAUUUCCCCUUCCCAAACCCAAACCAGCACCACCAUGAAGGGCAAUACGCCGCCACAUAUCCUGGUGAUCCCAUUCCCAGCUCAAGGUCACAUGAUACCCCUCCUCGAUCUAACCCACAAACUCGCCACCACCGGCAAAAACAUCACCAUAACGAUUCUCACUACCCCGAAAAACCAAACAUUCCUAACCCCUCUUCUCAACACCCACCCUUCAAUCAUCCACCCAUUAAUCCUCUCUUUCCCAUCCAACCCUUCCAUCCCCCAUGCUGUCGAAAACACUAAAGACUUACCAAACUCAUUUUCCACCUUCAUCCUCUCUCUUUCAGAUCUCCACCACCCUCUUCUCCAAUGGUUCCACUCUCACCCUUCUCCUCCUCACUACAUCAUCUCCGACAUGUUCUGUGGUUGGACGCAACAUCUCGCUUCUCAACUCAACGUUCCUCGAUUCGUUUUCUCUCCUUCCGGUGCUUUCGCUUUCUCCGCCAUCUGUUUCCUAUGGAAGAAUCUCCCAACGCGUGUCAACCCAAUCGACGAAAACGAGGUUGUUUCGUAUCAUAGCAUUCCGAAUUCCCCAAAAUACCCUUGGUGGCAAGUUUCUCCUUUGUUUCGCAGCUAUAUCCCUGGUGACACUGAUUCGGAGACACUGAAGAAUUUGUUUCUUUGCAACAUUCAAAGCUGGGGACUUAUUGUUAACACGUUUGAUGAAUUUGAAAAGCCAUAUAUUGAUCAUCUGAAAACUGAACUGGGUCAUGAUCGUGUGUGGGCGGUUGGACCAUUACUGCCUAUGGAUGAUUCAUCUACCAUGGCUUUACAAAGAGGUGGAUCUAGUUCUGUUUCAGCAAACGACAUCGUUUCAUGGCUUGAUCAAAGACAAGACAGGAAAGUGGUGUACGCGUGUUUCGGUAGUCAAACUAUUCUUACUAAGGAUCAAACGGAUGCUAUUGCUUCUGCGUUGGCGAAAAGUGGGGUCCAUUUUAUAUGGUCGAUAAAACAGGAUGCGAAGACAAAAAACGAGAAUGAGGAUGCUGUUGUUGGAAGAGGUCUUGUGAUUAGAGGCUGGGUCCCACAGGUGUUGAUACUGAGGCAUAGGGCUGUGGGGGCGUUUUUGACUCAUUGUGGAUGGAACUCGGUGUUGGAAUCGGUGGUGGCUGGGGUUCCGAUGCUUGCGUGGCCAAUAACUGCGGAUCAAUAUGUGAAUGCUACGUUGGUUGUGGAUGAAUUGAAAGUGGGUAAGAAAGUGUGUGAAGGUGGUGAAAGUGUUCCUGACUCAGAUGAGUUGGGUCGAGUUUUGGCUGAGUCGGUUGGUGGGAGUGGUAAGGAAAUUAGUGCGGCGUUGAAAUUGCAGCGAGCGGCGUUGGGUGCUGCUGGAGAAGGUGGAAGCUCUUAUACGGAUUUGCGAUGUUUGAUGGAACAACUUGUUUUAGGAUGUUAAAAAGUAGUAAAAAGAAUAAGGUUCAGCUGUUGAUAGUUAUUUCAUGCUAUAAAGUGUAAAAGAUUAUAAUCAUUAAAACUCAAUAAUCGACUGGAACUCAAUAAAUGACAAAUACAAGAUUAUUGACAAACACAAGAGGACCCGGAUCCUCUCCGGCUGCUCUCUCAUGUUUUCUCAAGUUUUUUA